CCCAGGAGCUGGGCCAUUUAGAACAUUCACAGCUCAGAGAGAGUUUGAAUCUCUGCAAUCUUCUUGCCUUCACACAGUUUUUUCUCAUCACUCUUCGAAACUGAAAAUGCUGCCUGCUACUUUUAAACUGUGUGCUGGCAUCUCCUAUCGGCACAUGAGGAAUAUGACAGGUUUGAGGAAGAAUGCCAUGGUGGCCAUUCAUCAUGAGCUGUACAGGCUGGCAGGUCCAGGCCCCAGUAACUGGAUCAGCCAAGUCCACCGUCGAAACUCUCUUCUCAGUUCUCAGAUUAAAGAAGAGGGUUACAAUGAGGAGGAGAUGUCUUAUUUGAAACAAGGUGAAGAUGCACUGCAAAAGGCCAUCAGAAUCCUCAGCGAGCAGGACGGCUGGACCACUGAAACUGUUGCUGCGAAUGGAGACAAGGUCCUGAGCAAAGUGCUACCUCAUGUCGGGAAGGUGUUCAAGCUAGAAGUGAUGCUGGAGCAACAUCCUGAUGAUCUUUACAAAGAGCUAGUUGGAAAUAUGGAGCAAAUGGGGGAGUGGAACCCAAAUGUGAAAGAAGUCAAAAUUCUCCAAAAGAUCGGCCAGGACACGAUGAUCACCCAUGAGGUAUCCGCAGAGACCCCCGGCAAUGUGGUGGGACCCAGGGACUUUGUCAGUGUCCGAUGUGCCAAGCGGCGAGGCUCCACCUGCUUCCUAGCAGGAAUGUCCACUCAGCACCCAAAAAUGCCUGAGCAGAGGGGUGUUGUCAGAGCGGAAAACGGGCCAACCUGCAUAGUUAUGAAGCCCUGCGCUGAAGACCCAAAUAAGACCAAAUUCACCUGGUUACUAAGUAUAGAUCUAAAGGGCUGGAUCCCAAAGACAAUCAUAAACAAAGUGCUCGCUCAGACGCAGGUGGACUUUGCCAGCCACCUCAGGAAAAGGAUGGCUAACAAUGUUUCCGUGGAGAUGUCUCCUGCCUGGUGACACUGUAUGUCUAUUGAGCUUUGGCACCAGAGACGUGGCAGAAAAGUAGCCUCUGCUCAUUUACAAAAGAAAAAACCCAAAACUCAUAUUUAUCUGCUUAAACUGCUGCAGUCGGUAAAUGUGUGUUUUUCUUUCCCUAAAAAAUAGAAAAUCUGCCAUGAUUGUCUCUAACACCAGUCUUACAGACUGUGUGCUUUCAUUGUUUUUAACCAGGUUAGGAAUCGCCUUUGGCUUUUAGUGUCUCAGGUCCCUUUUUGGGUGUUUUAAAACAACUAGGCUAAAAUCCUUCAGAGAGAUUCAGUCUCAAACAAGUGCCCUGUAAAUAUAAUGCUACUGAUUAAAGGCAGGCGACAGUCAUAUAAUAAAAUUGUGGGGUGUUUAGAGCACAUAAUAACACCUUUAAGAGUUCUGAUCACAAAGUGAACACUAAACUGCAAAGUGAAGAGAAACUGAAUGCCAUUUAAAAUGUAUAUCCAGCACCACACCACUAUAAACUGCAAUGUUGGGUUUGUGGAUUACUGAUCUUAAGAGUCUGGGUUGGACCUUUCACCUGUGGCUCCGGUGUUGUUCACUCCUUGUUGUUUUCUUUUCUAAAUUUGAACAGGCCAAGCUUGGAGAAUUUAUCUGUUAAAUUUGAAAAGUCACAGAGAUUGGAAUUCUCUUGCAAAAGUCAGUGUAUGCUUUCUGACAUAUUCAUACAUCAUCAUCAUCAUCCCACUUUGGCAGAAAACAGUCAUUUAUUGCCCCUACCUCUUCUGCGAAAUUGCACUGUUAUUUCAUUGUUUUAUUUAUUGAUAUUUUGCAGAUGUAUUUGGCUAUGAGCUAUUGUAAGAUAAAGCGGUGUUGAAUAAAUGACAGUAGAAUCAUUA